AUGAUGGACUAUAUAAAACGGCGAUUCUCUUUAGGAGAUCUUCAAAAUGAAUCAACUGAUACAAUAAUGACUCGACCAACAUUACUUCAUUCUCAUAUGAAUAUUCCAUCUCGUCAAUCAAUACUGGAAUCAAAAUUAAUACCACAUAAAGAUGUAUCAAGGCAUUCUAUUGGAAACAUUUUAUAUCCUAAUCCAUUAUCAAAUAUUGCAAAAGAUGUUGUUAAUCAACCAACUGGAAUAGAACUGACAUCAUCACAAUCAAUAUUGAAAGAAAAAUCAAAAUUAUUAUUUGUUAUUGAUGAUGAACAAAUCGAUUGUAAAUAUUUUCAAGGCAGAAAAAUUUUUGCUGAUUACGAUAUUCAUGUUGAACAGGCACAAUUCAAAGAAAUAAAUCUAUCUGCUUAUUCUCAUGGUGGAAUUGUAAUUAAUAUAAAUGUUUAUCGAAAUGGAAAACAUAUUGUUGGAUCAUUUUGUCCAGAUUUUGUCCUUGUUCGACAAUAUGUAACAGAUAUUAAUAUUGAUUGGAUAAAUAUUAUUCUUGGAAUGCAAUAUGGAGCUGUACCAAGUAUAAAUUCAAUGAGAGCUUUAUAUAAUUUUCGAGAUAAACCUUGGAUUUUUGCCGAAUUACUUAAAAUUCAACAUCGUUUAGGUGCUGAACAAUUUCCAUUAAUAAGUCAAGUUUAUUAUCCAAAUCAUCGAAAAAUGUUUAUUUCACCACAAUUUCCAUCUGUAAUUAAAAUUGGUCAAGCUCAUCAAGGUUCAGGAAAAAUUAAAAUUGAAAACUCACGUGAUUAUCAUGAUCUAAGAAGUAUUAUUUCAAUGAGUAAAUGUUAUUCAACAAUUGAACCAUAUAUUAAUGGACAAUGUGAUAUUUAUAUACAAAAUCUUGGAAAACUUUAUAAAACNUGUCGAAAAUUGAUAUAA